CUGCCUUUCCUCAUCGACUGAACCUUUUUUACUUGGCCAAUGACGUCAUACAGAACUGCAAGAGAAAAAACGCGAUUGUCUUUCGCGAUACGUUUGCAGAAGUGCUUCCUGAAGCUGCUUCGUUAGUGAAGGAUCCAUCUGUUUCCAAAUCUAUUGAAAGAAUCUUCAAAAUCUGGGAGGACAGAAAUGUGUACCCCGAGGAAACCAUUUUGGCACUAAAAGAAGCUCUGAGUACCACUUUCAAAACUCAGAAGCAGCUGAAAGAAACUCUCAACAAACAACCGAAUAAGCCGUGGAAGAAAUCGCAAACAUCCACGAACCCGAAAGCUGCUUUGAAGUCCAAGAUUGUUGCCGAAUUCAGA